GCAGUGGACGUAGAUUCAGAGAUGUGUCAUUUGAUUGGAUCUGCUCAUUAGAUUGGGGUGUAUUUAGAGAGAAAUACAGCUUUUAGGUUGACAUUCAGUCACGCGUCUCUUUUCUCUGGUUAUAUCCUGUCGUCCUGUCCUGGAUGUGGGGUUAGGCUGUAGGAUAAACAGUGGUGCCGGGGGCGACACGAUGGGGAUCACUAAACUGGCUGAUUUAAUCCGAGCAGAAGCUCCUGGAGCUGUUUCCCACAGAGACAUCAGUGAUUAUUCAGAAAAAGUGAUCGCGCUCGAUACCUCUAUUAUUGUGAACCAGUUCCGGGCUAAAGUACCACAUCUGAGCCUCCUGAUGGGAUUCUUCUACCGCACACUCACCUUCCUGGAACAUGACAUCAAGCCGGUGUUUGUAAUUGAUGGAAAGCCUCCUGUGGAAAAGACAGCUGUCCUUGAGAAGCGAGCUGAGGCAGCAGGCUGGACAUCCCACAACCGGACCGGCGCAGCAUCAUCCCAGAUCAAGGACUGUCUUCAGCUUCUGAAACACAUGGGAGUGCCUGUAAUCCAGGCUCCAGGGGACGCUGAGGCGCUGUGCGCCCAGCUGGUGAAAGACGGCACUGUGGACGCCGUGGCGUCGGAGGACAUGGACACGCUGCCAUUUGGAGCCAGUGUUCUUCUGCGUGGGCUGAAUGCCAGCAGAGACACUGAUGUGACUGAGUACUCCUUAGCCAAACUGGUGGAACAACUUCAAAUUAGUCAUGAGGAGCUCAUUGACCUGUGCAUCUUGCUGGGCUGUGACUACUGUGACAAGAUACCUGGUUUGGGUCCAAAGAAAGCUCUGAAGCUGAUCCAGAAGCACCGCUGCAUUGAAAAUGUGGUUUUACACGUCAACAGACAGACUCACCCUGUACCGCAUUUCUGGAAAUACAAAGAAGCGAGGAAGAUUUUUCUAGACACUCCUCACGUCCCGACUCCUGAGCUGACCUGGACCGAGCCGGACGAGGAGGCCUUGGUGUUCUUCCUCUGUCGCACCAAACACAACAGGGAGGAGAGGGUUCGCCGUCGGAUGGAGAAGUAUCGCGAGACACGGAAAAACAGACAGGAAGAGAGGGACAUGGACAAAAUGGCAGGACACAGCAGACAGACUCGCAUGGAGGAUUUCUGGAGAGUCACCAGGAAGAGAGCGCAAGGGAACACUUCUGUCGCAGCUGCAGACUCAUCAAGCAGCAGCAACAAGAGACCAAAGUUGAAAUAAACCUGUCACCACUGCUGCCUUCAAGCAACCAAAGGAUGGAGUUGUUUUUUUAAUCUUUAUUUCCCUCUGAAUAUUGUGUAUCGGUUUGACAGUAAGAUUGGAAAAUCAGUGAUUUUGAAAUUUUAAUUUGUGCCAUAAGAUACACUGUGUCCGCUUGUUUUACUUCUACAUUCUGAGGCUUUUCUUAAAGCUUGCAUUUUACGUUCUGUCAUUUAGAAAGUUGCUCAGUUUAAGAGGAUUAGCCGCUUCACAUGUUCAGUAAUGGUUUUACAGCUUCAGAGGUUGGAUAUUUCCCUCUUGGGUCACAGCUCAAUUCAAGUCAACCAUGAACAUGCAUCCUACAAGAUACUGACUUAAAGUCUUUGUCCUUAGAUGAAGCACUGCUUCCUCUGACAGUAAAAUAAUUUGAAUUUGUCCAAACAGCGGCGCUCCUGACAAUGUAAUUCACUGAGCAGUUUCAUUUGGCCUCCAGCAGUUUCCUGUAAGCCUCGGAGUUAGGAGAGCAGGAGGUGGUCGGCUAUGAAAGGGAACAGUGUGACCACUGUCAGGGGGGCCUCUCCUCAAGCCAAAACUGGAGACAGGGGACGUCUCAUCACUCCAUAUUCAAUGAGCACCUGUUGUGGAGAGGGAGCCAAGGCAGAGCCGACAGACUUGAAUUUUAAAACAUUCCCUGAAGUGGUGUAAAAAGAUACUUAGAUGUUCAAAUCCACGCAUUAAUAUGUAAAGUGUAUCAAUGCAGCAUUCUAUGUUUGAUAGUUCUAUACAUAAUGCUUUUCUGAUUUUUUGUAAUUAAAAUCAUGCUGAU